UUCUUCUUAGUCCCCUCUACCACACCUUUCUCCUCUCUGCCCUUCACUUCUUCUCACCCCUGAGAAUGAAGUCCUAAUUACAGAAACCAAGCAUGGCUAACUACGAGGACAACCCACCUAUUAUCCUUGAUAGUGGAAGUGGAACAAUAAAGGCUGGAUUUGCAGGCGAAGAAGCUCCAAGAACAGUGUUCCCAACCUUUGUAGGUGGACUAAAAUAUGAUGGUCCCCUGUUUGAAAUAGAUCAGAGAAAGAAGAACUAUAUAGGAGAUGAUGCCAAGAUCAAUAGAGGUAUUUGCACAUUAAGAUACCCAAUUGAGAAUGGGAUUAUUACUAACUGGGAUGACAUAGAAAGUCUAUGGCAUCACACCUUUUACAAACAACUCUGUGUUGCUCCUGAAGAACAACCCAUUCUCCUUACUGAACCUCCUCUCAACCCAAUUGAGAACAGAGACAAUAUAGCACAUAUGAUGUUCGAAAUAUUCAAUGUUCCAUCUCUGUAUGUUGCAAUCCCAGGAGUUCUAUCUCUCUAUGCAAGUGGUCAUAGAACAGGUAUUGCAUUAGAUUGUGGAGAUACAGUUACCCACACUGUCCCAAUUGUUGAAGGUCAAGUCCUCUCACAUGCCAUUCUCAGGGAAGAUCUUGGCGGCCGAGACGUUACAGAAGCUAUAAUGAAGGAUUCUAAGAUCCCUCUUGAUAUCAAGGACAGCGCCGAGCGGGAAAUUGUUUGUGAUCUGAAGGAGAAGCUAUGUUAUGUAGUGAAUGACUAUGAAUUGGAGUUAAAACAAGCUUUACAAAACAGGGGAUUGAUUGAGAGGUGCUAUGAGUUACCUGAUGGUCAAGUUAUUACUGUUGCUGUGGAGAGAUUUCUUGGGCCUGAGGUGCUGUUUCAACCAUUGUUGAUUGGGAAAGAAAGUGAAGGGAUUCAUGAAAUGAUUUAUAAUUCUAUCUUGAGAUGUGAUGAAGAACACUGGAAGGAUUUGUAUAGUAAUAUUGUGAUUAGUGGUGGGUCUACAUUGUUUCCAGGAAUUGCUGAACGUUUGAACAAGGAGAUACUAGUGCUUGCUCCAAGUAAUAAGAAGAUUAAGGUGGAGGCGCCACCUGAGAGGAAAUAUAGUGUUUGGAUUGGAGGAUCAAUCUUGGCUUCUCUGCGUUCAUUCCAGCAGAAUUGGAUAUCAAAGGAAGAUUAUGAAGAAUCUGGUCCAGACAUCCUACACAAAAUCCACUUUCAGAUUCGGUGACUUGUUCCGAGAGCGGAUCAGUAUGAGAACCACGGGACUGAUCCAAACUCGUUUGUUCUUGCAUUUUUCAUGAGAGAGAGAGACAGAGAGAGAGAGAUGUUCUUGAUUUUUUUUUCUGUUGUUGUUUUUGUGUGCAUCUUCUAAGAUAGGUA